GGUGGCGGCUGUCCCGUUGCGGAUGCCCGGGCUCCCGAGAUGUUAGAGGCGCGCCGCGCGGCCGCGGAGCAGACUCCGGGCUGCGAGUUGUGAGCUCCGCUCCCAGACCAUGGCCCCUGCUCCGCCCCCUGCCGCCUCCUUCUCCCCCGCCGAAGUCCAGCGGCGCCUGGCGGCGGGCGACUGUUGGGUCCGCCGCGGGGCGCGCCUCUACGACCUCACCGGCUUCGUGCGGCACCACCCGGGGGGCGAGCAGCUGCUGCGGGCGCGGGCCGGUCUGGACGUUAGCGCCGACCUGGACGGACCCCCGCACCGGCACUCGGCCAACGCACGCCGCUGGCUGGAGCAGUACUACGUGGGAGAGCUGCGAGGCGACCCGCAGGAGCCCAAGGAGAAUGGGGCCAUAGCCUCUGCAGAAACUCAGAAGACGGACCCUGAGAUGGAACCAAGGCUCAAAGUGGUGGACUGGGACAAGGACCUGGUGGACUGGAAGAAGCCUCUGCUGUGGCAGGUGGGCCAGCUGGGGGAGAAGUACCACGAGUGGGUCCACCAGCCGGUGAGCAGGCCCAUCCGCCUCUUCCACUCCGACCUCCUCGAGUCCCUGUCCAAGACAGUCUGGUACAGUGUCCCCAUCAUCUGGGUGCCCCUGGUGCUGUACUUGAGCUGGUCCUACUACAGAAUCCUCGCCCAGGGCAACGUCCGACUCUUCAAGUCGUUCACAUCAGAGUACUCGGUGGUGGUGCCCAAGUCCAUGUUCCCCAGCCUCUUCGUGCUGGGGAUAUUUCUCUGGAGCCUUGUGGAGUACUUCAUCCACCGCUUCCUGUUCCACAUGAAGCCCUCCGGCGACAGCUAUUACCUCAUCAUGCUGCACUUCGCCCUGCACGGCCAGCAUCACAAGGCACCCUUCGACGGCUCCCGCCUGGUCUUCCCGCCCGUGCCAGCCUCUCUGAUAAUCGGCUUCUUCUAUGUGCUCAUGCGGCUUGUCCUGCCCGAGGCAGUGGCGGGCAGCAUAUUUGCGGGGGGCCUGUUGGGCUACGUCCUCUACGACAUGAUCCAUUACUACCUGCACUUUGGCUCGCCUCACAAGGGCUCCUACCUGUACAGCAUGAAGGCCCACCACGUGAAACAUCACUUCGCCCACCAGCAGUCAGGGACUAGAACAGAGCUGCUGAGCUGGAAAUGGACUUGGGCCCACGAGGAAGGAGAAGCGGCAGGAAAGAAAAGGAGGAAGAGGAAGGUAGCAGCCUCUCUCCUGGGGACGCUAGACACACAGGGUUUGGCAUCAGCACUAAGUUGUGGGAUUACUUGUUCCACACCCUCACCCCAGAGGAACAGCGGCUGAAGACCCAGUGAGCACUCCGCUGGCCUUCCGGGCUCGGCCUAGCCCUCCACCCAGACCAGUUUGGGCAGACAGGGCUCAGUGGAGGGUGCCAAGGUCUCUCCAGGCAGGACUGUCCUCCUGGCCCACCUUGGGAGCUCCACGUCUUUCUGGGGCACCCUGGCCCCUCCAUCGAUGUCCCUGCUCAAGGCUUAGCACACAGGACUGCUUCAGGGCCCAGCGGUGGCCCCCAGGGGCAUGAUGGAAACUGACCCUGGGGCCAAGGCUGUGCCUGCCUGUGCCUUACCCCCUGGGGUUCCCUCAUCACAGCAGGGACUGGGUGUGUGGAGCCUGGGCCCUGUUCUACCCUCCUCCCGUUCUGGCAAGAAUUUGGUGGCUCAGAGGUGAAUGAAAGGCUCUCAUAAGACAAGACAGCGUGACACCUCCCACAGGCCACCCCCGACCCCAGCACGGUCCCUCAGCUGCCAUCUGCCGUGGGCUGGCCACCUUCAUGUGCCUGGGCAGGAGCCUGAGGGUGGCUGGCACCAGCCUGAGGCUGGUGGGUUCCCUAACCCUGUCGUGGGGAUGCCCCAGCUACUCCAGCCACUUCUCCCCUGCCCCAGAAUCAGCAUUUCUCCCCGAGGGAGGCUGCAGAUGCCUCUCCUUUGGUGGGAGCCCCCACAGCCCCAGGUACUCUUGGUCCCCACCUGGCACAGGUGGGCACCCUGUCCUCUCAGGACCUCUCAGCAAGUGCCUCCUACAGCCCCAAGGAAGCCUUUGUGCCUUGGCUCCGCCCCCCACGCCAGCCUGCCAGCCCGAGUCCUGCCCUUCCCAUAACCAACACCCUCCCUGUUCUGAGGGUCUUAUUUAUAAACAAUACAAAUUACUCUGUAGUCUGGGCUCAGACUGAGGAGCUGGCCAGACAACCCUUUCUAAUCCUAAGUGUUGAGCUCACAUAAAAAGAAACAUUCUCCCCUGUUUUAGUUCCCUUCUUACCUACCAACCUACUACUUGAAACUUAAAAACGUGUUGAGUGGAAAGGCUAAAAAACAAAAAGCAGUUUGACUGAUCCUGUGAUUUGUACUGUUUACUGCAAGGCUAUUUAAAGAUUAUGAAAUAAAUAUACAAAACUACACUUGUGAAAUACAGAUGUAAAUGAAUUGUAUAUUUUGAGAAAUAAAACAUUGAAAUCAA